AUGCAGUUUGCAUCGACCCGUUCCAUGACGCUCACGCCCCUCGGCCAGCGUCUGCUUGCGCUCUCUCGCGCAAAGCUUCACUCGCUUGACGCCGCCCCCGGCUCGCGCGACCCCACCGACGGCCUUCGCCGCGGCGUCCUCGUCCGUGAGGCGAUCCGCUCGGCUUGGGCCUCGCUCGAGACACCGACUGCGCACCACGAGCUCACCUCUUGGCGCGCACCCGCUCUCGAUGUCCUCACUGAGGAGGACGAAGAGGAGGAGUAUGACGACGAGGAGCGCUGGCUUGAUGCUCAGCUCGCCGACGCUGCCGACGACGACGAUGACGACGAAGAGUGCACCGUCUCGGCUCCCGUCUACGACGAGUACGAGUUUGAGGCCACCGAGUCUUACACCAUCUCGUACAGCACCGCCAACUGCACCUCUGGCAUCGACGUCACUGUUGUAGCUGUCUGCGACAGUGAUGACGAGGAUGACGAGAUGGUCGACUCGUGGCUCGAGGCCCGUUACGAGCAGUCCGAGCUCGUGUUUGCAGAGCAGCUCGAGGUCGAGGCCAAGCUCGGGCGUGCGCCCAUCGGGACGGACUCUAAUUCCGCAUCAUCGGAUAUCUCCGACGAUGAAGUCGUAACGCCACCGGAGUCUCCCGAUGUCGCCGAACUCUCGUCGACCCUCGCAGCGCUUUCGACGUAUGCCCUCCCUCCAGCCGACUCGUUCCCAAGGCUGGAGACGAAACCGCUUCCCGACGUGGAGCUCCUGCCUCCUCAAGCCUCGAGUUACAGGCCUACGCUCCAUCGCAGAGACGCAGAGGCUCGACGGCAGCAAGUUUACGAUCUGAGCGUCGAGUCGUCUUGCGAGUGUGACAGGUUCGGGCUCGUGUGUGAUUCCACUUGUGCACCGCCGCCAUUAUCGGACUGUGACGAGGAGGAGGACGACGAGUGUCGCACCCCACCAUUAGUUUCGCUCGACUGUUCCGAGCUCGAAGUCUCGAGCAGCUUUGAAGCUCUCGACUGGAAAGCCGCACACCGCAUACGAGCCAAACCCACCAACCAGAAGUUGGAUCAAGACGGCUUCAGCGAUCUCUCGCUGGGCCUGACCUUUGAGUGCUUGGAAAGGAGAAUAGAUGUUUAA